AUUUAAAGUUACCUCUACAAUCAACUGAUAAGUGUUGUAUUCUUAAUUAUUAUAAAUGGUUUGUUUGUUAGCAUGCCUUUCAAAAGCAGCAAACUCAUAAACCGUAAAAAGCGCAAAACACGAUACCAAAACCUUUCAGACACUCAGAAAUCAUCUGGUACUGACUAUUACAAAUCUCAUCGGGACAUUGUUAUUAAAAAAGCUUUACAUUAUCGUUCCCAAAAUGUUGAGAAAGCCACAGCCUCCACAAGGAGAGCUGUAUCCAAGCAUAGGGGUUUACACCCUGAAAAGGCCAAAGCCUCCACAAGGAGUGCUACGGUCAAGUGGCGAAAUUCUGAUCCCGACAAGGCCACAGCCUCCACAAAGAGUGCUGUGUCCAAGUACAGGAAUUCAAAGCCCGACAAGGCCACAGCCUCCACAAGGAGGGCUGUGUCCAAGUACAGGAAUUCAAAGCCCGACAAGGCCUCCACAAGGAGGGCUGUGUCAAAAUAUCGGUAUCUGAAUCCUGAGAAAAGUGCGCUUCAAUCCCGGCAGUCGGUUUCGACCCACUACCGCAAAAACACUCAACGCAGUAGAGCUCUCUCACGGACCUCUACUGCGCGGAGCUAUAUGAAGCAAUUAUUUGUUCUCCGCAAAAAGUCUUCUCAAACCUCUAGAGCGUCGUACAAACGACGUGCGAAGGCUUUUAACGCGAGAAGGAAGCAAAAAUACCCGCUAGCUGAACCAAACGACCAAGUAAUGCACUCCCUUAGGACAAGCCUAGAGGACGUUUUCACGAAAAGCAAGGUCCUUACAAAAUGCAUUCUCGAAGGUUUAGCAAAAAUUCCGAACUGGAAGGACGGCAAAAACAAAGCAGCCCAAAAGUUCACUGCAUGUAAGCUUGCUGCCAGUCAUUUAGUGAGGCUCAGCCUAGCCGAUCGCAGAAAAGCUGUAGCUUGCCUCCUAGGGGUCAAGAGAGACGUCAUGGACCAACGUUUCACGUGCAUUAAGGACUUUGGCCUUAAGUGCCAUACAGAUUGUAGAGAGCCUUACUUUUACGAAGCUGGUUACACCCACGACCACCUGCCUGAAUGUACGUACACUAGUGGCAUACCCAGUAUCGAGGAGCCAGUGCACAAACUGCCCACUCCGAUACAGGUGAAAACGACCGGUGAGUGCAUGCUAGCAGACCACAAACCUAUCGUGUCUGAAAAAACCCCUCAGAAAAAAAAAUUGCCCAAACCAAGGUGGGCCUGUACGGCCAGGUGUAGGCAAGUUUCAAACGUAGAGUUUGAAAGAAUUACCGAUUUGCAGGACAUGUUUUGCGAGGACCUUCAAGUCCUCAGAGACCGCCUGGACGGCCUCCACACGUGUCCGUAUGUGCACACGCACAUACAGGAAUGGGAAGUCCCGCUCGACCCCGAAAUUCCAGAUUUUGAAUCAAAGGCGGGCAAUUUGAGGAUGGGCCAUCCCCACGUUUGUCACUUGUUCGGGAGCGUUUGUGACAAUCAGUUGAGGAUUCUCAGAAACGCUCUCGUGCACUAUCCCGCCCUGUCCAAGUUACAAGGGCAAGUGUACGAGGCAAUAAGAAAGAGCAACAAAAUAUCAAAGCUAGACGCUGGCAUUAAAAACCACGACUAUCAGCUGCUCCUAGAAGCUUGCGAACUAACUUUCGACAAGCUGUUUGAUCGCAAUUGCGUAGAACCACAGGAUGCCAGUAAAUGUAGCGAUACGCUAGACACACCCUUUAGAGUUAAACAUCUAGAAGCUUUGCUCAUGUCUAAGUACGCUAAAUUAAUUCAGCAGUACGAGAAAAAAGUCCGCGACUAUGCGAUACACCCGUGCAUGUGUUGCGACCAACUCUUCCGACGUGCUCAGUGCACUGUGGUGGCCCCCGAGAGCCUUCCCGAUAGUUUUGCCUGGUUAACCGUUACAUGUGUAACCACUGUAAACCAAAGAUAAAGUUGGACAUAAUUCCACCUAGGGCCGUAGUGAACGGUCUAGAAACGGCACCCCUGCCAGACGAACUAAAGGGGCUCGACGCCUUUAGCUUGCAAUUGAUUCAACUAGCGAAAACGUUUCAAACUGUCAUCAGGUUGCAUCCGUAUUCGAAGAAAGUUCCUUCGUACAAUUGUCUCAAAGCGUGCCGCGGUAACAUGUUCAUUCUGCCAUUGCCCAUGGCAAACACGGCUGAAACGCUAGCUCUGAACGAAUGCGGACUGCCUAAACCGCAGCUGUACGUUAAAGUCGAACGU